AUGAUAGCUGGGAAUAGCCUUCACCAAGACUAUCAGAUAUACCAAUGUCACACCACUGGAAACCCAUUCAUCUGUUUUCCAGAUUGUGAGGGUCAGCCCUUCAGGCAUGUAGAACACAUGUUUGAAUUCUUCUACAUAGAAGUACUGCUAUCCUGUAUAUAUGCAGUUAAAGGUAAUGUCAUUAAAGCAGAUUUGUUCUGUCCCAGUUCAUAUUAUUCAGUGGGCUUUGGCGGGAAGUUUGGCGUCCAGAAGGAUCGGCAGGACAAGACGGCAGCCGGCUGGGACCACAUCGAGAAGGUGGAGAAGCACGAGAGCCAGAUGGACCACUCCAAGGGCUUUGGUGGUAAGUUUGGUGUCCAGUCAGACCGCAUGGAUAAGUCAGCCCAUAAGUUUGAGGAAAAGCAAGAAAGCAUUGGAACCAACUACCAGAGGACCAAGCCAGAUAUUCAAGCUUCAGAGAAGGCCUCUAACCUAAGAGCACGUUUUGAGAACCUUGCUGCGAACCAAGAGGAGGAGAGAAAGAAGCAGUUGGAGGAGGAGAAGAAGAAGAGAUAUGAGGGAGACGCUGCAAUCAUUCAACAGGAGAAGAUGAGGCUAGUGCAGGAACAGCAGGAGGAGGAGGAGCGGCUACGCAAGAAGAAUGCGGAUGAGGAGUACGUGAGGGAGCAGGUCAAGCAGAAACAGUUGGAAGCAGCAAUGAAGAAACAGGAGGAGGAGGAGCAGCUGAGGCUUCAGCAACAAGAACAGCAGGAAAUGGCCAGAAUUGCAGAGCUGGAGAAGAGGGAAGCAGCGCUAAAGAGGCAGCAAGCAGAGGAGGAGGAGCGGAGGAGACAGUUGGAGCAGGAGGCAGCAUCGUCAAGAGAACAGGCUGAGCGCGAGGCAGCUGAAGAAGCAGCGGCCAGGGCAGAGAAGGAGCGCUUGGAGGCGGAAGUGCGCAGGCAAGAGCAGCUCCUUAUGGGCAACCCACAGAUCCCAGCCACAGAGGUCGCAGAUGCCCCCGAACCACAGGAUGAGGGAAUGGGUAUCACUGCAUUUGCACUAUACGACUAUCAGGCAGCGGACACUGACGAAAUAUCAUUUGAUCCUGAUGACAUCAUAACCAAUAUUGAAAUGAUUGACGAGGGUUGGUGGCGAGGCUGGUGCAACGGGCAGUAUGGCCUCUUUCCGGCCAACUACGUGCAAGUGCAUAGUCCCACGCAGUGAGGCCAGAGGUCCUGGGAGGCCAAGUGCCAUCCCAGCAAAAGAUGACAAAUGGCAUAGUGCCCUAGUUGCCAUGGAUUCUGCCUGUGGGCAUUUGUGAGCCAUGACAGAGAAGAAUGACGUGCGGGACUGAUUGGUCGGUGUGUUUGGAACUAGUGAUUAUUUUCACCCUUUUUACAGCUUUUGUUUCCCUCCUGUUCUGUUGUGCUCUUUGUAGAACAUGUGGAUGGAGUACUUUAGUGUUAAGGAAAGAGUGAAUGGUAUUUUUACAUUUGAUUUGGAGGUCUUUUGUUUUGUUUUAGUGCAUUCUUAAUAAUGAUGAAGUGUGAUAUAACACUGAUACAUGUUUUAAUGACUUCUUGGUGCUGUCAUUUUAUUGGUUGAAGUAUAUGAAGAUUUAAUUUCUGGCACGUUAGUGAUUUCUUCUGCAACCUACAGUAUGCAAUGUAUUAUUUACAGACUGUCUAUUCACCAGAUUUAUUUUGUGACAAUUGUUUUAUGUAUGGAAGGAGGAAAGUAAGUAUACAUAGUAAAAAAGGCAGAAUUUUGGGACUGGAGAUCUGGCGAGAUGUCUGUUCUCGCUCAUUCUAGGCCUAUGACUUUGCCACUUAGGCCAUUUUCUUGAUGUGCAAAGAGAGAUGCUUUACUCUCUGAUAUUUAAAGUUGAAGAAGCA